AUGGACGGAUUUUACGACCAGCAAGUCCCUUUCAUGUCCCCCCCUAGUGUGAGUAUUUAGACUAUUCUCUGGACGUUUUCUCUGAUAUUUUUUCCACGUAGGAUUUUGAUCAAAGCACUAAUCUGAAACUUUUCAUAGAGUGGAUUAAGAUAGCACCUGAUUUACUUUUUAGGAUACAUAGAUUCUUAGGGAUUUUUUGAUACCAAUCAUGUUUAGGCUAAUCAUUGUUCAUUUCCACAUCAAUGCAAUUGCUAAUGUUGUAGGUAUUUUAAACAUUGUCCUAGCAGAAUUCUCACAUGGAAGAACCAGCGAACGCGCCAUUCAACGACCGGAAGAGAAAGUUUGUGGACACCGAGCUCGCCCAGGACACAGAAGAUCUAUUUCAAGACCUCUUGCAACUUCAAGAGGCAUGGAUUGCAGAAGGUGAGUUCUGCUCUUGUCUUUCAGUAGGUUUUCAAUCUUGCAUCAUGCUCAUUGUUUUUAGUAACAUCAGUGGUUUACCCGAGGCUAUUGAAUCAGGAAAAACAGGAAAAUAUAGGUUGUUAUUUAAAACUUUAUGACUUCCUCUUUUUAACAAGUGCAUCAUAAAUAUUAACCUUUUUUUCUUUCUGUACUGCAUCAAGUGCAUCAUAAAUAUUUACGUUUUUUUUACUGUACUGUAUCAAGUGCAUUGUGUUUGUUCUAUUUACGCCUAUUAAAGUGACUCAGCCAUGUGGCAUGCCAUCCAUAAGUUAGUCAUUUAACUCUCUCUGUUCCCUCUUUCAGCUCAGGUGCCUGAUGAUGAACAGUUUGUCCCAGAUUUCCAGUCGGAUAACCGUAAGUACCAACCGAUUUUAAAUAUUUACAUGUGUAUUUGUGUUACAAAGGGGAAUCGACAGCGUCUGCUCUUGCAUAGUUGCGCAUUUCCAAAUGAACCCUUAAUUCCCAGACAUGGUCUUUGACACAACAUACAAGCAUCACAAGCACAACAAAGAGAUUUACUGUUUUUCCAAUACCAGUCUUAUCCAGUUGGCAUAUUAAUUCAGUGCGUCACUAGUCAGUGAGUGAAUUUUUAUGGGUACGUGGUUAGGGCUCAUUGGUUGCCUACGUAGGCUGAGGGGAAACUUUAACAACAGAUUUGUGUCAUCGAAAGCAGAAAUCCAAUUGACGUCGUUGAGCCCUGAUUAAACCAACCUCCGCUCAUCCUGCCGUUGGUCUUGCUUCUGACCUGUAGCCAAUCAGUGGUCUUGCUUCUGACCUGUAGCCAAUCAGUGAUCUUGCUUCUGACCUGUAGCCAAUCAGUGGUCUUACUUCUGUCCUUGUAGCCAAUCAGUGGUCUUGCUUCUGACCUUGUAGCCAAUCAGUGGUCUUACUUCUGUCCUUGUAGCCAAUCAGUGGUCUUACUUCUGUCCUGUAGCCAAUCAUUGCCCUCGAUGCACACCUUGAUUAUUGGAUUGUAGGGUUUGUGUUCAAACAAAGGAGCAGGAAAAAAAAGGGCUACCUUAGAAUAAGACACCACUCACCUGGUGAAAAUCAAGAAUGUUGUGCUUUUAUACCAGAGAUCCCUCAGCUAUCCUCUUUUAUAGUCAACCCGAAUGAGGACAUUCCUAUUCUCUGUUCUCUGCCCUGAUUCACCACAUUAACAUCAGAGGAAAUAAAGAGAGAACGGUUUGAAACAGGGAUAUUUUCUGUUGUAAAGCGUUUCGCUACGGUGGGCCUUACUUAACAUGACCCAGGUGCGCCACAGCAGCCUGGGAUGGCCUUCCAUGGAGUCCCAACCGACCAACCACAGCUCUUGGCUGCUAGGAUGGGCUGCGUUCCAAUCCAGGCCCACAGAACCCUCAUGCUGUUUGCUUUGUACUCAUCUCCUCUCUCUUUCGCUGCCUAGAAUAAUAUAUGCGUGAGGUUUGAAUGGAAGCCUUUGAUUUGGCUCCAGACGGAGCUACAGGCUGGUUUAGUUGCAACAUGUGAAUGAUCCUAUAGAGGAAGAAAGAGGGUUUUAGAGGCCCGGUCUUGCCUUGUUUCACUGCAACGUUGUAUUUCAUUUGUCGGGGACGCAGCUAGUGACAUUUUUAAUGCGGUGUGUAUCCUCAGAGUGUACACACUGAGUGAAUUGUGCUAUGGCACAGCCGGACGAUUGUUGUGUUUGCUAAAGAGUCUGAGUGUGUGAAGUCGUGUGUGUGUGUGUGCGGCGACGGGAUUGGCAUGAGGCUCCCUAGUUUGGCAUGCUACCAUUUGGUCUCACAGACCCUUCAUUCAGCAGUCCUUCUCCAGUGUGUGUGUGUGUGGACUCUGCAGCUGGGCAAAGGGGCAGUGUCCAUAGCGAUCACAUGGCAUUCUGCCAUCAACUCCUUACUCCUUAAUUUAGCAAUGAACUUGGCUGAGUAGUGAGAACACACUCUUAUUAACUACCAGCAAUGACCUGUGGUGGAGUUGUUAGUGAUUUAAAGAAAUGUUGCAAGAGUUUAAUUAUUGUUCUACUGAGAAUUAAAUCAUAUUAUAAUAAUAUGCCAUUUAGCAGACGCUUUUAUCCAAAGCGACUUACAGUCAUGUGUGCAUACAUUUUUACGUAUGGGUGGUCCCGGGGAUCGAACCCACUACCCUGGCGUUACAAGCGCCGUGCUCUACCAAUUGAGGUACAGGCUGUGGUUGAGUUGCACUGUGGUUCUGUAACACAGACAAUCCAGUUGUCUGUUUGAGGUUUUCCAACUGAAAUAUAAAGUGUUUCAGUCAUAGAUGCUCGAUGCGCAACACCUUAGCAGAUAAUGGAGGUCACUAUGGGCACUGAGAGGCAUAACUCCAUAAAGAGUUGACUUUCUGCUGGCCUGUGGCUGCGCUGGGUGAUUUACUAGACUGCGGAAGCUGAAUGAUGGCCGUUCUGUGGCACAACAGGAAAUGGGGAGUUGAUGUAGGCAUAGACCCAGCCUCUGAUGCCAACACAGCACCCAGUUAAAGUCCUACUGUAUGCACACACACACACACACACACACACACACACACACACACAAUGGCUGCCUAAGUUACUAACUGUUGGUGGAAGUUGGAGCAUAUUGGCAUGUUCUGGUCUGUGCAACACUUUUCUGUGCAAUUUAAUACAAAUGCAUCUUUGUUACUGGUCUGAUUGUUGCCUUGGAAACAAUGAAAAACCAACUAGUGAAAGUACACCGUUUGUCAUUCACUGCUGGGUUUAUAGUUUUCCCUCCCAAACAGAAGGACAGUUUUAGAACCUCAACAAUUCACUAUUGACUAAACAACAAACAGAAGAGAAAAAAUAAAACAAUUGGAGGUUGUAAUUAAAGACACCCAGCACACAAAACAAGAAUACUGAAUACAUCCAUUCAUUGUAGUGAAUCUUUAAAUGGUGUGUGUGUAUGUAUAUAUAUAUAUUAUAUUAUAUUAUUGUGCAGUUUUGUGAUGUACUCUUACUUUCUUCAAAGUAAUGUUCCAUGGUCCUCCAGCCAGUAAAGUGAAGCGAGAGUCCAGCCCCUCCAGAGAUCUGUCCCCCUGCAGUCAGGAACAACAGAGACCCACGCCCUACACAGACAAGGACCUUUACAGCAACAGGUACGCUACAUUACACACUGAGACGGACAAGGUUUUACACCCCGCCCCAAAUUGUACUCUCUGUAGAAAGAGGUAUUUUCAGUUACAACCAAUAAAAGAUCAUAAAAGACUGUAAAGGGAUAGUACAUUUCUCUACUAUGAAAAAUGUAUGCACUCACUAACUGUAAGUCACUCUGGAUAAGAGCGUCUGCUAAAUGACUCAAAUGUACUUCUACUAAGACAUUGCUUAAUUAGGUAUACCUAAAUCAAGUUGAUAAGGCCUGAGGGGGUGUGGUAUAUGGCCAAUAUACCACGGCUAAGGGAUGUUCUUAUGCACGACGCAACGCAGAGUGUCUGGACACAGCCCUUAGCCGUGGUAUAUUGGCCAUAUACCACAAACCCCUGAGGUGCCUUAUUGCUAUUAUGAACUAAUUACUAAUGUAAUUAGAGCAGUACAAAUAAAUGUUUUGUCAGCCAAUCAGCAUUCAGGGCUCCAACCACCCAGUUUAUAAUGUCAGAUAACACACCGUCAAUAUGUCAUGGUAAGUCCACAGAGAGAAUACAGCAAUCCUCUACAGGCCCAAGUUAACCCCUUCCUUCCCUCCCCUCCCUCCACAGUGCCUACAACAGGAAGCCACUCGGCAUCAAUACUUUAACCCCGCCCGCCUCGCCCUGCAGCCCCGCCCUGCAGAGGCAGAUCACGCCCCCUGUCCAUGCGACACACCCUGGCCACAGUCGUCCGACUCACGGGCACGCACCGUCCCCGAUCCCCUCCCACCACCGGACACUCCCGCCACACCCGAGCCAAAGCCAGCCUUUCGCCGUGCCCCGUCUACCUGUCAAUCACUCCGAUGCCUCCUACAGCUCAGAACACAGGUGAGUUGGCACCAUGUGUUGGCUCAGGUUGGCGGCAUGUGUUGGCACCAUGCACUGUCUGACCCCAUAGCUUGUAUAUCUUGGUUGUAAAACCAUGAUUGGAACGACUGUAGGCUGGGACUCGGCAUGCAUUUUCAGUGCCACAGUUGAUGUCAUGUUGGAUAGAUUUGAACAUGAAAUCCCAUUGUUGUUAGGCUCUCUGGUUUAAGACCCUAACUGACAAUUUUUUCCUUAUUUUGUCUCUCUCUCUCUGUCUCUGUUUCUCUCCCUGUCUCUCUCUGUUUGUCUGUCUCUCUCUGUCUCUCAUUCCCCCUCUCCAGGUUCCAGCGGCAGCUCUCUGAGCCAUGUCAGCCUUUCCCUCCGUCUGACGGUGCCUCCUGUACCCCCUACCCCCCUCAGCCCCAUCACCCCCACCGCGCCCCCCUGUCCCGGUACGGCCGCCCCCUCUACCAGCGGCACCUGUCAGAGCCCUUGGUCCUCCUCCCUGCUCAGGGCUUCAAGCAGGAGCUGGUCGACCUCCGCUACACCGAGCACGGGGUCCCCACCAUGGGCCCUCCCCGCACCCCGUUCCAGGGCCUCUCUAUCAAGCAGGAGCCCCGGGAUUUCUGCUUUGAACAAGGUGAGCCCUGGGGAAUCGUUGAUGGCAACGGACUUUGAGGCUCAGUUUCCCACUCAUAGAUUCGGCCUAGUCCUGGAGUAAAAAAAAACAUGUUCAAUGGAGAAUCUCAAUAGGAAGUGCUUCUCCUUCCAUGCCUAGGCUUAAUCUGAGUCCGGACAGGAAGGCCCUAAGGGUUUGGAAGCAGCCCAAGCUGUCCAAGUUAGCCGCUCCUUUGAGAGUCAACUGUGUGUGGCUACAAAUACAGCGAUGGGGAUAAAACAGUAAGCAUGUUUCAGGCUGAUGUGGACACUGAGUAUUAGUAGUAGUCGUUGGGUGUGUUGCAGUGUAGCAUUCUAAGACACUUAUCUUGAAAGCUAAGAUGACCUCAUUUCACUCUCCAUGUCUAGCCCACUUUCUGUCAGUGGUGUAACAGUCAAACCCUCUUGAUAAAGUCCCAGCUAAAAAAAAACGGGACUGUAAAGAGACUGUUGGCUGUGUGAGAAUGUAUGUCCGUCUUCUACUGGGUAUUAUGUCAUUAGGCUAAUGGCUACUUUAAAAAGAUAGCAUUGAGAAACUAAGUUACUAGUAAGAAUCUAUUCAAAGAAACACCCAUUAGUUUUUAUAUCUUUCUUUUUGUCUAUCUUUCUGGUUUGAAGGGUACAUGUCAAGGAAAAAGAUGUGUAAUAUUUUCCCUCGUGUCUUACAGAAAUGCAGAACUGCCAGUCUUCUUUCGGGAAGUCCGGUAACUUCUACCAAAACAAUGAUGGGUUGGUCUACGACGGUGAGCCUCAUCUGUACAACGACGACACGUGCGUGGUUCCAGAGAGACUAGAAGGUAAGACAUUCCUCUAUUAAUAGUAUGAAAUACAAUGACUUGCCUGGCACAAAAUAACCCCUGGAAUUGUCCCAAAAGUGCAAACCCCAUCCAUCCAUGCAGAAUCAAACACGGAAAGUAUUUAAAAAGAAACUAUUUGAACCUCUGACUGGUUUGACACAAGGCUUUAGGUGUGAAUGGCAGCAGGUUGUGAAUCCUGGUAUCUGACAUCUUCUAGUUAUGUCAUGGCAGUGUGGAUGACAGGAGUAGAUCCAAGGGGCCUUGAACAGCGUUAGCAAGCCUGUGUGACAUGAACAGAACCUCUUAUCUUAUCCCCAUGCUCAGACUGCCCAUCACUGGCAUCUUUCACCUAACGGUGUCCACACCACUCCUUCGUUUACACACUCACUCACUCUUUCCCCCUCUCCUGCUGUCCAUCCAGGCAAGAUCAAGCAGGAGGCCGGAGUGUUCCGUGACGGACCGCCCUACCAGCGCCGAGGUUCCCUGCAGCUCUGGCAGUUCCUGGUCACUCUGCUGGACGACCCGGCCAACGGUCACUUCAUCUCCUGGACCGGCCGCGGCAUGGAGUUCAAACUCAUCGAGCCCGAAGAGGUCAGUUGGCAGAUGGUCAGCAAGCAGAGCCGUGGUCCUAGUGACUGAGUUUAGAGACUUUAGGGCUCCUUUCCAGUUUUUCAUCAUUUUGUCUAUGAGUUCAAAGUAACUGGAGUGUUACAAUAGGUCAUGAAAAUAGUUGUUACGCUGUGCUUCCAGGAAUAAUCACACCGUAUUACUAUUAAGGCACUAGAAGUGACACACAGGAAACUAACCACAAAAGAAGUUGGUGUAUGUAUCUACAGGUUGAUCAGAAUAGUUUCCUUUCUCCUCCCCUGUGGCAGGUGGCUCGGCGCUGGGGCCUCCAGAAGAACCGGCCUGCCAUGAACUACGACAAGCUGAGCCGCUCUCUACGCUAUUACUAUGAGAAGGGCAUCAUGCAGAAGGUAAAGGUAAAAUUUAAUUUUAAUUAAAGUCAAUUACAAUUCUCUAUUUUGGGUCAAAUUCAGUGGAGGCUUUAUGAAUUGAGGGGAAAACAUCAGUACAAUUGAGGGCUACAUUGCACCAAUAAACAGUACAUUGGUUGCACAUAAGGACAGGGCAGAUGCAUUGUGAGUUUCAGAAGGUUGGGAAUAAAGUCCCAAAGUUAUUUUCAAACUACUAGCGGUCGUACGCUGAACGACUGUCUAACUCCCUCUGCUCUCUUUGUGUGGGAUCAGGUGGCUGGAGAGAGGUACGUGUACAAGUUUACGUGUGACCCCGAGGCGCUCUUCUCCAUGGCCUUCCCUGACAACCAGAGGCCCAGCCUGAAGCAGGACCCGGACAUCCUGCCCCCAUCUGGGGGGGAGGAGGACACCACCGUGCCCCUGGCCCACUACGAGGAUGGCUGUGGCCCCUACCUGGCUGACGGAGGGGAGCGGUGCGUCUCGUUACUGGGCUUCCCCGAUAACUACUCAUUCUGA